UAAUUGGCUAUGUAUUUCUAUCUCGUCGUCUGCAUUAAAGGGCAAGUGACAGCUCGAACUAUAUUGUUGACAUUCGUAUGAAAAUUACGCUACCGCGUCGUACCUACGAAAACUGUAAUUUUAUAUGCAAUUAAAAUCGAGACAUACAAGUGGAUUUUCUCUUUCUCUCUCUCUCUCUUUUUCAUUGAUAUAAAAGCUUUAAUCAAACGAUACUGGUGAAUUGUGAAUACAUAGGAGGAAAACUUCGAAUUAAAUGAUAAUCGGUGUUUGAGAAGUAUAAUUACACAGAGCUAAUAGAUUUGAAACGUUCAACAAUUACGAUUAAACGUGGUGUCUAUAAACCUUUUCGGCUGUUCCAUAUUGAUUAGUAUCGUUUAGCAGUUCUAACUUCUAACAAUGACUGCUUAUUGGAAAACUCUGUUCAAGCACCGCCGUAAACGUUGUUCCCAGUAGUAUGUUCCCGACAGUGAACGAUAAAGUGCGUGCGUAAAAGUGAAUCAAUCCGUAUGGUAUUACGCGCAGUUAGAACGGCGUCGUUUUCUUAAAAAAGAUUAUUAAUUUCUUUGAUCGAUAAUUGAUAUUUUCAAUGAUCUUGAUGCAUGUUAACCAGAUUCGUACGAAAAGUAUGUUUCAAUCUAAUCCUGCAAAAAGUUAUAAAAACUUGCUUAUUUCUUAAAUAAGCGGUUUCAAAUAACUGGCUCGUUUCUAAACACUGUUGUUUUAAUUCCGUGUUUGUAUCGUGGUUUUAACAGCUUUCACCUCGCAUCAUAUUAAUAUUUCAUUAGUCAAAUCUUACAUACUCGCGCAAAAUUACGAUAAGAAUAAAUUAAAAGUAUUUCGUUCAGUCAAUAACACUGUUGUUCACGAUCGUUUAGAAAUCAAAAGUAGCGCGCAGAAAAUUCGCAACACAGUGUAACCUAUGUACAACGUAAAAGUAUUGCCGUUAAAGGUGUCCAUGGUGUUUUUUUGCAUUGAAUUUCACGCCCUUCUCACGAAAUUGGGAAAUGAGAUCUUCGACGAUUAUUCGUGCGAGUAACAAUUAUCGCUUGGAUCGACUUGGUUGAUCCGUUGAUCUGUUCGAUGUUUCAUUGAAGAUUCGAGGUCCAGUGAAGGAAUCGAUUUGGUGGCUGUAUGCGGUUAACGGAAAUAACACGAUCGAUUCGAAGUGAAAUUGUAAAAAAGUAGUGAAACGGGCAAAAAAAAGACGGUUUCGGAAUGACCUGUGGCGGUGGCAACAUCUCGUUAGAAAUAUCGGGCGGGGAGGAGGAGGCAUGGAAGCUGAAGCUGGUCGGCAGUCUCACCAUCACCAGGGGCUGCAGCUUACCCUGCCAUCCCCGGGAAUCCCCGGAUUAGAUGUCGUCAGAGCCUUGCAUCAGACUGUGAUAUCGCUGCGCUCCGCGCUGGAUUCCUCGCGGGAAGAACUCCGCCGUUUUAAGGAGAGCGUCGGUGAUUUUUCUGGCGAGAGCUACGUUGAUGUCGUCGAGAGGCUCGCGCUUGAGAAUCACGUCCUUAGGCAAAAGAUCCUAAGCAGGAACAGUGAGUUUUCUAGUGAUGCUGCUACAAGCCCGCCGCCCCAGGCCCGUCUUUUUUCACUCGCAGUAGAGGACAUCAAAGAUCUGUCCGAGCAAGCAGGCGUACUCAUGGACGCAUCCAGGGACAAAGUCGACACGGAGGACAUGGCAGAGCCAUCCAAGUCGGUUAUCGGGGCUCGUGCCGAUAGCAACGCCAGCGGUAACGACGAAAGUCCCGACUUGCAGUCUGACACGGUCGAGAAAGUACCUAAGGGUCAUGCGGGAUCCUCGUCGAAGCCGGAGUCCAGGAAUCAGAAGUCGAAGUGCACGACGCCGAGAGACGUGACUGCUGUUAAACCUCAGGUUGGAUUGUCUGGUGUCAGUUCGGACGAUACGGUGAAAAGUGGAACUUCGAUGGAGGUUGCUUCUGCCUUGACAAAUAGACAAUCGAAAGACGUCGAGGUGGAAGACAAGAACGAGGUUCAAACCGAUCAUUUGGAAGUACCGGAGAAGGAUCUCGAGGAUCUAAGCUUGAAAUCCGACGGCGAUAACUCGGUAUUCAGCGAUAAUCCCGAUGCUCAAGUGUCGCAGCAGCAUCAACGCCAGAACCAGCCGGCCGAUCAGCCAAAGCCGAACGAUCAGUCCGAGAACGAGUCUGAAGAGCUCGAUGACAUCGAGCUGAUAUUCACGACGGACGAAACUUGUCGUGAUCUUGGUCUUCAGGAGGAUCUCGUUUCCAUAACCGAAACCGAAACCUGGCAGCAACCUGCGUCUACCGGUCAACCGGCGUUGCUGAAGUACACCAAAUCAGCGGAAGGUGAAUCGUUAGUUUGCAAUGGCGAGAAGACCAGCUCUGUUGACGAGGCGGUUUCCUCGCAGAGUUCGAGCAUCGAUCGCGAGGAAAGCGUGGACAGGUUCGACGAAAGUUCCAGCACCAGGUUGAACAAAAUAUGGUCUCAGUGUUCGGUGUUGGUCGAGACGGACAUCAGCAAGUGCGGGGUUGUCGAGGAACCUGAACAUCCUACCAGACACGCGGUCAGAAGGAACACUUUAGCUGCACCACCAACCGCAUACAGACCAAUCAUUCACCGCGAAGCUUUAGCGGGUAGCCGACGAAAGAGUUCGGCCCCGUUGAGACCGGUGAUGGACAGAAUUAGCGGAGCAAGACGAGAGUCUGGUGCCCAAACAGACAUUUCCGCGCUUCCAGCUCACUGGCGUUCUGAGAGCUACCUCGCCCACAAAGUAGCUCACACGUUUACCACGUUACCCAGUAAAUUUGCUCUGCCGACCGGGGUGCCUGGAAGACUUCGAUUGUCCGAUAAAACUCGAGAAGCAAGAAGAGUAAUGUUGUCGGACAUCAGUUUCACUAGCAUGGUGCCAGAACUGUCCAGAAGCGCUGAUCAUCUCUGUCACGAUCCACAUGCACAGACCUGUUUCAGUUCUCGCGGUUGUGGCCUUCGAACACCGGACGUGCACCGUCGCGAAUCACUCGGCUCUCCGGCAGGAUUUUGGCCUCGUUGCAACCCCAGCACAGGACUUCCGAGUCCUUGCGAUUGUCGUCUCUCCACUGACCUUUACUCCUCUCGAUAUCGUGGUUCUUUGUCUUCGAUCCCGUCGCCUGGAUUGGAGGUUGUCGGUGGUCCACCACGAAGACACUCGUGGAGAGCAACUGCAGCGUCCUUCGAUACUUGGAGAGUUCCGGUGGCAACUUCUACGCCCAGACCAACCUGGUCUAUGCCUUCUUCUCCUACACACGUGCAUCCUCCUGCGACAUCCUCGAAAACUUCUAAAAGCGUUCCAAAGAGAACACGAUCGAAGGUCACUUUCCAAGAAUGCCCAAUGACGCGAGGCAGUUUGCCAAAUCUGCGUUCGGAUUUGGUGACCGGCGAUAACAGCGGCGAUUCAACCGAGUCGUUGAUUGACGAGGCGGAGGAUUAUUUACGACGAAGCAUCGACUCCAUGCUGACAAUCUCCAGUAGCGGCGUCAAUUCCGAUUAUUGGAAUCGACAGACAACCAGGCGGAGACGUGCGCGACGAUACUCCGAGCCUGAUCUAAUCCGUGACUGGCAUCCCCCGCAGGAUGCCAGACCGUACCUGCCAAAGAUACCAAGGGAUCUCAAGCUGGAUCAUCUUGUGAAGGUUAUAUCGCCCGAGGGGAAAGUUCUUCAAGGACGAGUCAGAUACGUGGGACCUGUACCAGGUCGAGAGGAAACUCACGUAGGCGUGGAGUUACCCUAUUCGAAUGGUUCCUCCGAUGGCACUUUUCAUGGUAGAAGAUUCUUCGAUUGCGAUCCGGAUCGUGCGAUUUUCGUUCCCUUCAAGAAAGUGAUCCUGGCCUGGUGUACCACUUGACCCGAGCCACCGAGCAACCUCACGACUCCCCGAAUUCUGCUGUCUCAGUACACCAUGUGAAUCGAGAAAGGAAACGAUGAAACACGUAUGUAUGCAGGUACAUAUAUAUAUGUACACACGUACGUGCGCGCGAUCUCUGGUGGUUUCUCAACGAGUACGUGACACUUCUUUUCACCAUACUAAUCCACGAAACGCCACUUGACAUACAAAGAGGAGAAGAAGGGUAAGUUCUCGAUAGAGAGAGAGAGAGAGAGAGAGAGAGAGAGAGAGAGAGAGAAAGAGAGAAACGCGUUUAAAGUCGCAAAUUUCAAACGACAAAUUCGCAUCGUCGUUCCGUGAGCGAAACUCCUUUGUCGAAUUUCUUUUUCUCUCGUACAUGGAAAACGGAGAUCUCAUUGAUUGUACCUUAAAAUCGAGAAGAGUAUUUGCAUUGAUUAGGAGUAUAAUCGUUCGUCUAAGGUUUAAAAUACGAAGUUUCGACCUCGAUCACCGCAAAGAAAGAAUUCAAGACAAAUAUUCGAUGUGUUUAUUCGAUGUGAGGGUAUUCUAGAUAACUAGUUACCGAUAUAUCUCUGCUGAAAAUCGGCAAAUCAGUAUUAUUAUUAUCGUUCGGGUCUGUAAAUUAAUAAAUCGUGCGUGUAUCGUUGCCGAAGUGAUGCAGAGGACGCCGGGUCUCUCGCGAUAAUCAAUUGUUCGCGCAACGAUUUCGAACCGAGGGCGAAGUAAGAAACAAGCUCUUUGAUUUAAGAGGGUUCGUCACAACUUGUCGACAUCGAUCUCUCGUCAUCGCGAUCGCAAUGAAGGACUCGCUAUUGUCAUUUACAUGCAACUAUAUUUUUAUAUUCCUUUCUACCGGUUUUCAUUUUUCUCGAACGAACGAACGAACGUUCAUCUAUAUUUUACAGCGUAGUGUGAUAUAUCCCCGCGAGAGGGGACAGAAGAAGAGAGAGAGAGAGAGAGAGAGAGAGAAAAAAAGAAAAA